GUGCAACUUAAAUUCGGUGAUCUCGAUAUUUCGGAUCACGGGCCUUGUCCCGUCCCGCCAUCUUCUUUCCCCUUUCCUUAAAUUUCCAAAAGGGGAACUAUGACAAGCUUCCAGUCCCAUGGCGAUGCCGUUUCCUAAUUCUAUGCUAAAAUGCGCCACAACCAUGGCUUUGGCCUCUGCAAACUCUGUUCUAUUAGGACAGCCAUUUCCGGCUCCUUCCGUAGCUCGAUUUGCUCCUCGUUCUCGUAGUCUGAAGCCUAAUUUCAUCGAUUUCAGCUCUCACACUCGAAUUUCAGCUGCACCAAGUGAGUUUACGGAAUCCUCGAAUUUCGGUGAUUCAGUUCAUACCUCUGAUGAUCAUCAGGUUGUGGACAUUGCCCCUUCAGAGGAGCGUGAUUUUUCUGGCACACCACAUGUUCCUGUAUACGUUAUGCUACCAUUGGGGAUCAUUGAUAUGGAGUGUGAGCUGAUUAAUCCUGAUGAACUAUCAAAUCAGCUAAGAACACUAAAGUCAAUUAAUGUUGAUGGAGCUAUGGUUGAUACAUGGUGGGGAAUUGUAGAAGCCAACACUCCACAACACUACAAUUGGAAAGGUUACAGAAAACUAUUUGAGAUAGUACGCGACCUUGGCCUUAAGUUACAGGUUGUGAUGUCAUUUCAUGAAUGUGGAGGGAAUGUUGGUGAUGAUGUUCAUAUUCCAUUGCCAAAAUGGGUAACAGAAAUUGGUGAAGAAAAUCCGGACAUAUAUUUCACUGACAGAGAUGGAAGACGCAACCCUGAAAGCCUUACGUGGGGAAUUGACAAGGAACGUGUUUUAAAAGGCCGUACUGCUGUUGAGGUUUACUUUGAGUAUAUGAGGAGUUUUAGGGUUGAAUUUGAUGAUUUCUUCAUGGAUGGAAGCAUUACUGAGAUUGAAAUUGGAUUAGGUGCCUGUGGAGAAUUGCGUUACCCAUCUUAUCCUGCAAAACAUGGUUGGGAAUAUCCCGGUAUUGGUGAAUUUCAGUGCUACGAUAAGUACUUAAGAAAGAGUCUUGAGAAAGCUGCAGAGGCAAGGGGACACUCAUUUUGGGGUAGACCACCUGAUCAUGCAGGUUCUUAUAAUUCACAGCCUCAGGAUACCAAAUUCUUCUGUGAUGGAGGUGAAUACGACAGCGGCUAUGGCAGAUUUUUUCUAAAUUGGUACUCUCAGACUCUCAUUCAUCAUGGCGACAGUGUACUCUCCAUGGCCAAUUUGGCCUUUGAAUCCACUCCCAUUUCCGUAAAGGUAUCAGGUAUCCAUUGGUGGUACAAAACGGCAAGCCAUGCUGCAGAACUGACAGCUGGAUUUUACAAUCGGGCCAACCGCGACGGGUACGGUCCGAUCGCUUCAAUGUUAAAAAAACACAACACCGCUUUAAACUUUACAUGUGUCGAGUUACGUACACUUGACCAACACGAGGGGUUUCCGGAAGCAAUGGCAGAUCCCGAAGGCUUAGUUUGGCAGGUAUUGAAUGCUGCAUGGGAUGCUGAUAUACCAGUUGCAAGUGAAAAUGCUCUUCCUUGUUAUGAUAGACAAGGCUACAACAAGAUACUUGAACAUGCAAAACCAAGAGAUGAUCCUGAUGGUAGACAUUUGUCUGCUUUUACCUAUCUUAGACUUAAUCAACCUCUCCUUGAAGAACACAACUUAAGGGAAUUUCAACUGUUUGUCAACAGAAUGCAUGGUCAAGUCGUGGAGGAUCUUUAGCAUCUAAUCCAACUUGUUUUCUUAUUUUCUCGACUUAUGUUACACGUUUUGUAUUCAAUGUAACCUGUAAGCUACAACUUUUAUGGUAUAAGAUAUAAGUUGUUGAGUUAUUGUUUUUAAUCGAUCAAAUUACUUCUUUGAAAAAUGAUAUAGUCC